AUGGACACCAACCCACUCGCCUCCCCCAACUCCUCCGACGAUGAUGCUCCUCCGCCGGCUGGCGUCAUUCAUGCCGCCGCUCUGGCUAGCGCUCCGCCUGCACCACCGGCUGCUCCCGCACCCGUGCUGGCCCCCGACGCGUUUCCCUCCUCCGUGCUCCAGACGAUCGACAUCCGUCACCAUGUCCCCAUCACCCUGGAUCUGCAUGCCGGCAACUACAAGCAAUGGCGUCGCUUCUUCUUCACCAUCGUGGGCAUGUUCGGCGUCCGCGAUCACCUCGUCGCCCCCGCUGCUCCGCGUCGCCGUGACCCCGAGUGGGUUAUGGUUGACCACUGCAUCGUCCACUGGCUGUACGCCAUGAUCUCGCCGGAGCUGCUCGAUGCGGUCAUGCAGCCCGACGACACCGCCGAUAGCCUCUGGGGCGCCAUCGAGGAGAUCUUCCGCGCCAACCAACUCUCCCGCGUCGUGUACAUCGACGCGGAGUACCAUGUCGUGGUCCAGGGUGACCUGACGGUCAUGCAGUACUACGCUCACCUGAAGACCUUCACCGACCAGCUUCGCGACCUCGGGCAACUGGUCGGCGACACGCAGCAGCUCUUCCACAUGCUGCGCGACCUCGGCCGUCAGUCCCACGGUGCGAUCCCGCACCUCACCGCGCGCAAUCCGCUGCCCACCCUCCUUCAUGCGCGCUCUUUUCUCCUCCUAGAGGAACACCGCGCGGAACAGUCUGCUCGUCUUCAGUCCACGCACGCGCUCAUCGGGGCUCGGCCUCCGGCUCCCCCUGUAGCUCCGCCCGCUCCUACUGAUGGUACCGCGGGGCGUGGGCGUGGACGCAACCGUCGCCGCGGCCGUGGCUCCGGGGGGGGGGGGGCGCCGCCUUCUCCAUCGCCAGCACCACCACCGCCGUGCCCGGCUGCCCUGUGA